AUGGCUGAUGGGCACCACAGCCUGGCCCUGCUAGUCACAGGAGUCACCCACGAAGAUGGGACUCAUCACUUCAUCAUGAUCACCAGCGUGGAUGACGUUCAGAUCGCGCACUACAGCAGUGACACGCGAGAGGUCAGAGCCACCCAGGAGUGGGCAGAACAGGCCCUGGGCACUGAGUAUCUCCAGGAAAAGACCCGGGAGUUCUGGGGGCAUGAGGAGGACUGUAAAGUCCUUACCAAGAGGUGGAUGCAGCAGCACAACCAGACGGGCGGGAUUCACACUACUCAGGUUCACACAGGCUGUGCCCUGAGUGACCAGGCCCCCAUGGACCCGAGGUUCCAGUACGCCUACGACGGGAGGGACUUCAUUAGCUUUGACAACCAGACGGGGACGUGGGUCGCGGCUGUCCCGCUGGCUGUUCUCAUGAAGCAGCGCUGGGAGACGGGGGACAAGAUUUGGACUCAGUACAUCCAGCAUUUCCUACAGUCCGAGUGCCUGGGGACCCUGCGGAACCUGGUGCAUCGGGGGAGAAAGGUCCUGGAGCAGCAGGUGUCCCCCGAAGUCUCAGUUUCCCACAGAGAUACCCCCAACGGCUCCGUCACCCUCUCCUGCCGCGCCAGGGGCUUUUACCCGCGUCCCAUCCACGUCUCCUGGGUGCGGGACGGAGAAGACAUCCUGGUGGAGACGGGCUCCAGCGGGAUCCUGCCCAACGCCGACGGCACCUACUACACGCAGUCGUCCCUGGAGAUCUCCCCGCAGCAGGAGGACGGGCACCGCUACGCCUGCCAGGUGGAGCACAGCAGCCCGCCGGAGCCCAUGCUCGUCUGGGCCCCUGGGAAGAAGGGCCCCCUGCAUCCCGGGGUCCUGGCCGCCAUCGUCCUGGCCGUGCUGGUUCUGGCUGGAGCUGUAGGGGCUGGCGUCAUCCUGUGGAGGAGAAAAUCAGCAGGUAAGAGCCAGUCCCCGUGGAGCCGGGAUGUGGGGAGCCGGGACUUUGCCUCAACUUCUCUCCCAAGGGGCCGACUCACUCCAGUGUCUCGUCUCUGCGGGGGCCGCGCUGCCUGCAUCAGGGAUGGGCAGUUCCCCUUGUCCAGCAGCAGGAACCGGCACAGAGCCCAGUGA